GAAAUGGUGGCGGGACUAAACCUGUUUUAUGCAAAAGUAAGUAUGACUGAUUUGAAGUGAAAUUUUUAUGCUUUUCAUUAAAUUGAGCAUGCCUACUUGAAAUUUAAUUGAUUGUCCUGAUGAUUUGAAAGUGAUUGGAAGCGAAACCGAGGACGGGGAAUCACGGGAAGUGACGAGUUAGAAGGCUAGUCCUUUCGAGAUUGAUAUAGAUUUUAGAAAUAAAUCAUGAUCUUGUAAACUCGACUUUAUUAGAGAUUUAUGAUAUUAUAGCAAAUUAUAAAAUUUGAUCUUCAGAUUUUGAUGAAUGUAUAAGGCAUCCAUGCACUCGUUCAUUCAUUCAUGAUUCAUAUAUCCAUUGGAUGCUUAUCCGUUUUGUGGCAGAGUUCAAGAGUGGCGCAGCGGAAGCGUAGUAAGCUAUGUUCUGAUCAUGGAGAGUUGGUAAAGCAUUUGUUUGUCUUGGAUUGUGUGAAGCCAUUCACCAGUUUAGAUGGUCCUCAAUUUGAGUUUUGGGGACAAAACUCUUUUUUAGGAGGGCCGCCCAAUUCUGCUCUUUUUCUUCUUCUUUCCCGUCCCCUGCAGCUCCCGAAAGCCCCCAAGCUACCGGCAACAAUUUUCUUGAGGAAACCGGUAGGAAGCUUGAUUUUAUCCUUCUUUUCUUGUUCAAGAACAAGAUUUAGGAGCUUGAAAUCUUCCCCCCUCUGCAGAAAUUCCAGAUCUGCUCGGUUUCUCCCCUCCCCUGUCUGCAAGUUGCAGCUUGUGGGUGCGAAAUUCUGGGCUUUUCGAAUUUCUCCUUCCAUGCCACCGGCCUUUCCCCAAAUUGUAGCUCCGGCCUUGCUUGCUGGAUUUAUGGUUCCUAAUUGUUCUGUCAGUUUAGCACUGAGAUUGAGUCUUCGGCUUUAUGCGAUUUGAGGUAAGUAGAUUAUGGAAAUGCCCUUCAAUUUUAAAGCAUGUUUUGACUUGUUUUUGAAAUGGUGGCGGGACUAAAUCCGUUUUAUGCAAAAGUAAGUAUGACUGAUUUGAAGUGAAAUUUUUAUGCUUUUCAUUAAAUUGAGCAUGCCUACUUGAAAUUUAAUUGAUUGUCCUGAUGAUUUGAAAGUGAUUGGUGAAUUAUGAUUUUUCUGUUAACUUCUGCCUGUUUUGUCUCCGAUGUGGUCAUGUUAUUAGUGACCUUGCUAGCGGAGGUUAUAAACGCUAGCACAUGUCGACAUGUUUACUGAUAUGACUGGUAAAUUCUGACGCCUGCCAGUGGGUGUUAUACGCUGGCCAUGACUUAUAGAGGAGACGUCUACUUCAUUCCCGUACUGUAUCCGUUUUUCAUGAUUACACUUGUUGGCAUGCCAUAAGUUUAAUAAGGGGCACUCCAUAUUUUACUUACUGAGUUUAUCUCAUAGUUUUUCCUAGUUUAUCUCAUAGUUUUUCCUUGUCCACCAUUUCAGGAAGCGAAACCAAGGACGGGGAACCACGGGAAGUGACGAGUUAGAAGGCUAGCCCUUUCGAGAUUGAUAGAGAUUUUAGAAAUAAAUCAUGAUCUAGUAAACUCGACUUUAUUGGAGAUUUAUGAUAUUAGAGCAAAUUAUAAAAUUUGAUUUUCAGAUUUUGAUGGUAUCAGAUUGUGAUAUGAUUAAGUUCCAAGCCUUGUGCAUUUGUGAGACCCUCUCACGAGUGCAUGGCAUUUGUCGCGCCUCGGAUUUGGGUUAUAGGGCGUGACAUUCCCUCAACACAAUUUAUCGUUAUAAAAGACAUCCACGUUU